GAAGCUGUGGAAGAGUUGGAUGUUGAUGUUGAGGGGGACUCGACGGUGGGACCUGCUGCGGAAGCGCAGCCUGGAAGUUACCAAUAUCCAUCAUCCAGUUUACUUCAAGAUCACUACCUUGAUUCCACUUGGAGAACAGAUGUGGUUCUUGUAAGUAAACUACAGAAUAUAAUGGAAGAAUGAGUUAUCACUCUUUGUAUUUUCAGACAAAUGUUUUAUGAUAUGUUUCAAUUUCCAUCUACUUUGGUUUAUAAACUACCAUAGGCAGAAAGAAAAUAUUAUAUGCAGUGUUCAUAAAAAAUAUUUAAGCCGAGAACAAAUAUGGCAGCUAGUUAUGUGCAGUAGGUUUAUGUAUAUGUUUUUUUCUUUUUGAGGCAUGCAUAUUAUGUUCCUUUUCCUGUUCCUUUUUGGAUUUCUAAAGAAAGGAUGAAAUUUUACUAAUUUAUAUUUUUAAACCAUGUUUUACCUCAUGUUUUCUGAGUUUUCCUACAGAUAUGCCUAUUUUUUCACUUUGCAUCUUAGAGGAUUCCUCUUUCUCUUCAUACCACUCCUGAUAUGAGAAUUAAUAUUGUAUAACUGCUAUUUCCUUCUCUUAGCCUUGGAGUCUUGAUAGUACAAUUAGUGAAGAAAACAAGGCUGUCAUUGAGAAGAUGCUUCUGGAAGAAGAGUAUCCUUAUGUUACUAAAAAGUGAGAAAAAGCUGUAAUGCAGAUUUGUAAUUCAGCAGAUAGAUAUAAGGAUUGUAACUAGUUUUGUAACAAUUUGUUCCUCCUACUUAUUUCCCAAGAUACUUUCUUUUGCCAACAGUCUCCUAAUUCUCUGAAAAAAAGAAUUGUUAUUUAUGUCCUUGUUGAUUAGACCUACAAGGACAUAAAACAUGAAUGCUUCUUUUCAUAGAUUAGUAUAACAUACCUGUGUGAAUAAACUCAGUUGUCUAUGUGAAGAGGAAGAACUUGGGUUAUGUACUGUGAUUGUUUUGUCUACCACCAGUUUUUGUGAUUCCUGGAUAGAUUUUUGCUUUUUCCAUGUCCUGAAACUUAUUUAAAAAAAGUAUAAGAGGGAAUCGCUAAAUAUUUGAAGGUUUGAUAAUGAAACAUAUGCAAGAGAACAACCAAGCUCAGAGAGCACCAAAUACCUCUCAUUUCAAUCCCAAGCUUCAAAUAUUCUUCUUUAUUAUUUCUUCUGCAGGAAAGAAAAAGUAAAAUUAUUCUAAUUUCACUAAACAUGAAUGGUGGUACAGAGAAAUUUUAUGUGUCUUAUCUAUGUUUUCUUGGGUUUCAGUUAUAAGCACAUUAAGCUUUCAUUUAAGUCUGAUUAAAUGCAUGUGGGAUUCUUCAUUAACCAAGUGUUGUGCAAGCAUUAUGUGGUGUUAUUGCAAUACUUCAUGUGUUACAACUUACGCAAAUUCAUUGGGUUUCAAAGACACUGCUUUUAAUAAAAAACUGCCCAAACAUUCCUGUGAAAAAAUUUCUCUCAUGAUAGUGUCCUUUCUGAAGUCCUUAAUAUAUUUUAGAUAUUAUUUGUCUAGCAAGUCGCUUCCAGAAAAAAAUUGGCACGAGUUGAAGGAAAUUGAUAAAAAAUGUACAAAAAGUCCACACAAGAAAGAAACAAAAAUCAUGCUUCGUUCACCUAUCACAAAAUCAGCAACUAGUUCACUGAAGUGGACAACAGAAGAAAAGGAAAAGUUUGAAGAAGGACUGGCUAAAUUUGGCAGAAGAUGGACAAAAAUUGCUAUGAUGAUUGAAAGUCGCAACGUUCUUCAAGUAAAAAGCUAUGCCAGACAAUAUUUUAAAAACAAGGCAAAAAUUGAUGGCUUGGAAAAAGUGAAGCAGCAGCAGCAGCAGCACUUUGGUGCUGCUCUUCCACAAAGCAACGAGGAUGAUGGAAGGAAGAAGGUGUCAUGGGCACCAGAGCACUUAAGAGGUCGAGCAGACCCUAAUUUAAAUGCAGUGAAAAUUGAAAAAUUGUCAGAUGACGAGGAAGUAGACAUUACAGAUGAAAUGGAUGAACUUUUAUCCUGUGCGCAUCUGCAAGAAUCUGGAAAGCCUGAGAUAUUAGAUAUUCCAAAAAGCCCAUCUGAGCAAAGCAAUUGGACAGAACCUGUUUUGGAUUCUGCUCACCACAUGUCUGCUGUUGUCUUAACCAGGGACGUUACAAAACCAGAGCAAAACACAGAUGAAACUGCAGUCUCCUGCUUUGAGAAUAAAGAGCAUCGGACUAUAAAAAUGGAGAAUCAGAAGUGUGACGGAACAGGGUCUUCUGAAAGUCCCGACUGGUUUCCUAGUCCAGAGCUUUGUGAACAAAAGAACACAGCUGACAGCAGCACUCAUUUCCUUCCUUCUGAACACCUUGGGGAAGAAAAUCGGAUGGAUGCAGAGGAGCUUAAGUCACCAGAUCAAGAAAUAGCAAUAGAUAGAGGCAUUAUAUUAGAAGAAGAAAAGCAAGCAAUUCCAGAAUUUUUUGUUGGACGUCAAGCCAAAACACCUGAGCGCUAUUUGAAAAUUAGAAAUUAUAUUUUGGACCAAUGGGAAAGAAUCAAACCAAAAUACCUGAACAAGACAUCGGUACGUCCAGGGCUGAAAAAUUGUGGUGAUGUCAACUGCAUUGGACGAAUACAUACAUACCUGGAAUUAAUAGGAGCAAUUAACUUUGGCUGUGAGCAAGCUGUGUAUAAUAGACCACAGACAGUUGACAAAAUACGGCCCAGGGAAGGCAAGGAUGCCGUUGAUGCGUAUCAGCUCGUGCAACGCCUGCAAUCCAUGCGUACGAGGAGGCGACGUGUGAGAGACCCAUGGGGAAACUGGUGCGACGCCAGAGAUUUGGAAGGACAGACGUUUGAGCAUUUCUCUGCUGAGGAGCUAGCAAAAAGGAGAGAAGAUCAGAAAUAUAAACUAUCAAAAGCAUUUAAAGGACAAAGGCACACCAAAAGUUCAUUUGAUCCCUUUCAGCUGAUCCCUUGUUGUUCCUACACAGAAGAAAAACCAGAGCCAUUCAAAGUGACAGUAGCUGCAGAAGCACUUCUGAUUAUGGAUUUGCAUGCUCAUGUUUCAAUGGCAGAAGUAAUUGGUUUGCUAGGUGGAAGAUAUUCUGAAACUGAUGGAAUAGUUGAAGUCUGUGCAGCAGAACCCUGCAAUAGCCUUAGUACAGGAUUGCAGUGUGAAAUGGAUCCAGUAUCUCAAACUCAAGCAUCAGAGACACUGGCUGCUAGAGGUUACAGUAUCAUUGGAUGGUAUCAUUCUCAUCCUGCUUUUGACCCUAAUCCUUCCAUACGGGAUAUUGAUACCCAGGCAAAAUACCAGAGCUAUUUUUCCAGAGGUGGCUCAAUGUUUGUUGGAAUGAUUGUAAGUCCUUACAAUCGAAAUAAUCCUCUUCCCUAUUCUCAGAUCACUUGUCUUGUAAUUAGUGAUGAGACUAGUUCAGAUGGAUCCUACCGCCUGCCAUACAAGUUUGAAGUGCAACAAAUGUUGGAAGAACCUCAGUGGGAGCUAGUAUUAGAAAAAACACAGUGGAUAAUUGAAAAAUACAGACUCUCUCACAGUUGUGUGCCCAUGGAUAAAAUCUUCCAUAGAGAUUCAGACCUAACGUGUUUGCAGAAGCUUUUGGAGUGCAUGAGGAAGACUCUGGACAGUGUAGCCAAUAGCUUCAUUGCUGAAGAAUUCCUGACACAGUUAGAAAACCUGUUCCUUUCAGCCUACCAAAAUGAGGAAUGGACCGAUACUGCUGAGGAAAAUAGCAUGUGUCCAAAUGACCUGCCAACAUGAUAAUACUGGAAAGAAAAAUUGACCACUUUAUAAUGAAAUGGCCAUUGUUGAACGUAACUGAAUCCAGUGUGGCUGAAGAAAAUUACUGUUAAUGAAAGACAGUAUGAAGCAACCAUGGUGAACUAUCUGACCUCUGGCAUAACUUCUAAUCUUCUAAAAUUACAGUUAUACAGCAGGAAAAUGAACCAUUUACCAGCUCACCACUUAGGCAGAAGCUGUCCAUCAAUCUAAAAAAUUGAAGCGAUAAUGUUUUACUUGGAUCAAGCGCUAUUAGCUCGAUAUUGAAAUAAUUAUAUUGCCAUUCUGUUUAGGAAACACCACAUUAUGUUAAAUGUAUACUCCCUAGAUACUGUCACAUGCACUUCUAUUUUAUAAAAUAAGCUAUACCAGAGGUCCCCAACCUUUUGGGCACCAGGGACCGGUUACGUGGAGAGGUUUUUCCGUGGACCGGAGGGGGCGUGGUUUUGUGUACUGCCUGCAUCCUAUGGAUGGGGCUUUGCUUGUUUGUGUGGACCAGUUGCUGGCAUGCCGCAGCCUGGUACUGGUUCAUGGACCAGGGGUUGGGGACCCCUGAGCUAUACUAUAUCCUUCUAAAAGGGCAGCAAUCAAUUUAAAAAUGUAUCAGAAUUAUGGAUAAUCUCAAUCUUUCAUUUGUUGGUUGUUGAUCCAUGCCGACAGUAUUUGAAGGGAAAAUUAAGAUUGGGUUUACCUUUGUACCACAUUGUGUUGAACUGAAUUGAAUUGAACAGAACAGAUUUGUGGUGUUUAGCAUGUCUGUAGAAUGGGAUGUUCUUAAUGGUAUGGAUCUGAGAAGAGACACACAAAAAAAAUCCUUCUCCAAGUUCUAUUAAACUUUAAGCCCACAAACCAGAACAUAUGCCGUGUUAUAAAAUACAGACACGAUACAAGGGAGAAAGACUAUGUCUAAAGCAGUGGUUCUCAACCUUUUUAAUGCCGUGACCCCCCCCCAACCGGUCGUAAGUCGAGGACUACUCAACCGGUCAUAAGUUGAGGACUACUCAACUGGUGCAGCACCGUUUGCAGAA